AUGGCUUCCUUUGCCAUAUCAACCGCUAUGUUGGAAUGUGUAUCUGUCUUUGUGCAGGUGGAACAGCUAUUGCGGUGCGAAGUGAUUAAAGAGAUUGAAGUCAAGGAGCUUUGCAACAAAGCUCGCGAGAUCUUAAUAGAAGAAAGCAAUGUCCAAAGAGUGGAUGCCCCUGUUACGAUAUGUGGGGAUAUACAUGGGCAAUUUUAUGAUUUGAAAGAACUACUGAAAGUUGGCGGAAAGUGUCCCGACACAAAUUAUCUUUUCAUGGGUGAUUUUGUUGAUCGAGGUUUUUACAGUGUUGAAACCUUUUUAUUAUUGUUGGCACUCAAGGUUCGGUAUCCGGACAGAAUCACAUUAAUUCGUGGAAACCAUGAAAGCAGACAGAUUACUCAAGUGUAUGGGUUUUACGACGAAUGUUUGCGAAAGUACGGAUCUGUUAAUGUUUGGAGAUAUUGUUGCGAAAUAUUCGACUAUCUUAGCUUGUCUGCUAUUAUCGAUGAUAAAAUUUUCUGUGUUCAUGGAGGUUUAUCACCUUCUAUCAACACACUUGAUCAGAUUCGCAUCAUUGACCGAAAACAAGAAGUUCCACAUGAUGGGGCCAUGUGCGAUCUAUUGUGGUCGGAUCCAGAUGAUAUUGAUGGCUGGGGUCUAAGUCCUCGUGGUGCUGGAUAUUUGUUUGGAGGAGAUGUAGUUAGCUCGUUCAUUCAUGCUAAUAACCUAGAGUUGAUUGCACGAGCACAUCAGCUUGUCAUGGAAGGCUUCAAACUCAUGUUCAAAGAUACAAUAGUUACAGUAUGGUCUGCACCCAAUUAUUGCUAUAGAUGCGGAAAUGUGGCAGCCAUUCUUGAAUUGGAUGAGCAUUUGAGCAAAAACUACAAGAUUUUUGAAGCAGCUUCACAGGAUUCACGAGGGCUUCCCAGUAAAAAACCAGCCCCAGACUAUUUUCUAUAAACAAACUAUGAUAUGUAGAUGAUUGGUUGAAAUAGU